UUGAAAAAUUAUGAGUCAUCAGACAGAAAAGGGUGGAAACAUCACUCUCUUUGGUAAAAAUAUGGGUUCUGGGAAUCUAGAUGAUGACAUCCCUCUCGACACAAUACCUGCCCUUGUUAUUAUGAUUUUCAUCCUGGUUAUAAACAGCGGUGUCAUCCUCCUUAUCAGCUGCUACUCUUCCUUAAGAACAUCAAGUAACGUCAUCCUAGCCAGCUUAGCUGUAUCAGACUUCCUGGUAGGUCUGGUUGGUAUACCACUACUCGUGGCAUGCAGCUCCACACUGAUAUCUUCCAUCUGCGUAAGCUCCUACACCUUUUUCACAUUUAUGGCCCUGUCUACCGUACUUCACAUCACCGUUAUGACCUGUGAUCGUUACAUUUACAUCAUUUGGGCCUUACGUUACUGCGAAAUUGUCCGCCGUGAUAGAGUCCUGACUGUGCUCGGAUUGACUUGGUUUCUUAGCCUCAGCUCUUUGAUUCGUCUAUGGUGGACGUGGAACAUCAACGUGCAGACAGCUGAAGAAGACCUGGCCCCCAUGCGUCAGAAAGAGACCAUUCUAUUCUUGUUCAAAAUUGUCGUGUUCUUCCUUGUUCCUCUAAUGGUAAUGAUAGUUCUUGACGCCCACAUGCUGUUGUUACUGCGGCGACAAUGCCAGAGAAUCACGCGGGAAAAUUUACCAACGGAGUUCGUAAAACGCGAGAAGAGACUCCAGCGAAGACGUCGGCGUGCUGUGUUGACAUGCGUGUUACUACUAACACUCUACGUCAUUUUCUGGCUGCCAUAUUUCAUCUUAGAAAUCUUGCAACAGAAUCAUCAGGGUCAGUUACCGACGCAAGUGGUCAUCGUUAUCUAUUAUUUAAGGAUUUGUACAUCUGUGUUCAAUCCGUUGACAUACACUUUGAGAAAGUACGACUUGAAACAGAAGGCUAAACACAUCGUCAAGAAAGUUUUCUGUUGUAGGAAUCAGAAUGAUUCACCAGAAAAGUUCGUUUGAUUCCGCAAGAUAAAGUUCUGAAAUCACACUCCAAACCUGGAUAAAAGGAUAACAUUCCUUGCGAUAGUCCUAUAUUUCACGUUCUGUUUUCUUAUUUAUCUUCAUCUAUGCGAAGAGGAGAGCGAUUCAAAUUUAUCCUUCCGCGUACACUGUAUAUACACUCUAGUUGGCCCAAACCCUGAUACUUGAGAGGCCGAGUUUUUACCUGAAAUUCCUUCUACCUGUGGAUGUAACAGUCCAUUUUCGGUUGUACCAAAUUUCUCUUUUCAUGUAUAUAUUUGUAAAACCUGGAGUUAAUCACUGUUUGAUAAAAAUUUAGCAAAGAUUUACCUAUCGUUAGUCAGGCUUCGAAGUACAGAACAAGUGGGCAAAGGUAAACUACUUAAUUUUGGUGUAAUAUUUUAUCCAGUUGCUUUGAUAAAAAACUUAUUAACCGAAAGGUGCAGCCUUCCAGAUGUUCCCUGUUAAGGACUUGACGUACUAUGGGCAACUUAUUGCUACGAAAGGUCUUUUUUUUAUAAUUCCCU